ACAUGGACCCUGCGACAACACAGACACUCCCUGGUCUUCAUCCUCCUCACAAUCUCCUAAUGUUAAACCAGACCUCAGACAAUGCCAGUGCCUCAACACUGAGUGGCUACACAAGUCCAUUGACAAAUGACAGUAGUAGAGAUGGAAUCAGUAAAGCUGGCAGCGCCAAAGAGAAGCACUUCCCGUGUUCGUUCUGUGGGAAAGUCUUCAGUUUCCGCAAACAGGUGGCGAUCCACCAGAGGAUGCACACGGGGGAGAAACCGUUCGGCUGCCACCUGUGCCUGGCCAGUUUCUCUGACUCGUCCAACCUGAAGAGGCACCAGAGAGUCCACACAGGGGAGAAACCCUACAGCUGCCCCCCAGUGUGAGAAGAGGUUCUCCCACCAGCCCCAUCUGAAGAGGCACAUGAAGAUCCACACUGGAGAGAAGCCGUUCACCUGUACGCACUGCGGGAAGAGGUUCUCAGAGAGGAGCUACUUCAGGAUACACCAGCAGAAAAUGCACACCGCCCAUGUAUAGAGUAUGGUGACGUAAUUUACAUUUUACAUUUUAGUCAUUUAGCAGACGCUCUUAUCCAGAGCGACUUACAGUUAGUGAGUGCAUACA